GUAAUAUCUUGAGCACUUGACUAUAGAAAAAUUUGUGGACAUAUGGACUUUAAUCAUCUUCUUCUUUCUCCCAUUGAAGCCAUUACAACAAUUAUAACCCUUGCCUUCCUCUUCUACUUCCUAUGGCCAAAACGAUCUUCAAAACUACUACUACCACCAGAAAUCUCAGGAGGAUGGCCAAUAAUCGGCCAUCUUUUUUACUUCGAGAACGAUGGCGAUGAUCGGCCGUUAGCUCGAAAACUCUCAGACUUGGCUGAUAAAUAUGGAUCCGUAUUCACUUUGCGAUUAGGACUUCCUCGUGUAUUAGUAGUCAGCAGUUACGAUGCUGUAAAAGACUGUUACUCAACUAACGAUGCAGUUUUCGCCAAUCGUCCUGCUUGUUUAUACGGGGAAUAUCUUGGCUACAAUAACGCCAUGCUUUUUCUCGCGAAUUACGGGCCAUACUGGAAAAACAUACGGAAAUUAGUUAUCCAGGAGGUCCUAUCCAACUCUCGUUUGGAUAAGCUAAAGCAAGUGCGUCUCAAUAAAAUUCAAAGCAGUUUCAACAAUCUCCAUUCUCGAGUGCAAAAAAUUGACAAAUCCAUAAUAAACCUAACCGAUUGGUUAGAGGAACUGACAUUCGGACUGAUAGUGAAGAUGAUAGCGGGAAAAGACGGAGAUGAAGAAGUAGAGAGAUGCAAGGAAGCGUUUAGGGCAUUUCUGACUCUGUCAAUGGAGUUUGUAAUAUGGGAUGCCUUUCCAAUACCUUUGUUUAAAUGGGUGGAUUUUCAAGGGCAUGUGAAGUCGAUGAAGAGAACGUUUAAGGAUAUUGAUUCGAUUUCUCAGAGAUGGUUAGACGAGCAUGUGAAGAUGAGAGAAAUGUUAAGGGAGGAUAAUGGAGGUGGAGAUGAAAAUGAUUUUAUUGAUGUGCUGCUUUCGAAGAUGAGCAAUGAACAUUUACGUGGAGGUCAUUCUCGUGAUACCAUCAUCAAAGCAACAGUUUUUAGUUUGGUCCUAGAUGCUGCAGAUACAGUUGCUCUUCACAUAAAUUGGGGAAUGGCAUUAUUGAUAAACAAUCAACAUGUCUUGAAGAAAGCACAAGAAGAAAUCGACACAACAAUUGGCAAGGAUCGAUGGAUAGAAGAGAGCGAUAUCAAGAAUUUAGUGUACCUUCAAGCUAUCAUUAAGGAGGUACUACGAUUAUAUCCACCAGGGCCUUUGUUAGUACCACACGAAAACGCGGAGGACUGUGUUGUUAGAGGGUAUCACAUCCCUAAAGGAACUAGACUAUACACGAAUGUGCUGAAAUUACAACGAGAUCCUAAAAUAUGGUCAAAUCCUGUUCAAUUCGAGCCAGAAAGAUUCUUCAGCACUGAUGUUGAUUUCCGUGGUCAACAUUAUGAGUUCAUUCCAUUUGGCUCUGGAAGACGAUCUUGUCCGGGAAUGACUUAUGCGUUGCAAGUGGAAUACCUAACGAUAGGUCAUUUGAUCCAAGGUUUUGAUUAUAGAACUCCAUCGGGCGAGCCUUUGGAUAUGAAAGAAGGCCCGGGAAUGACCAUGCGUAAGGUAAAUCCUGUAGAAGUGAUAAUGACGCCCCGCCUCGCAUCCGAGCUCUAUAAAAUUUGAUCAAGAUAUUUCAUGUUUGUUGAAAUUGCUUAAUGAUGCAUAAUCUCAAUAAUAUUGAUCAUGAUGAUGAUUUACCUCUCCAGUUCAUUCAACAGACUACUUUGAUUGUAUUUAUUUUCUAAUAAACAACUUUAAGUUGUAUGUGUGAUCACGUUCACAUUGCCGGUCGUAAAUUCGAAUAAAGGAGGAGGGAUUGUCGAGUGUCAAUUGAAAACAACUUCUACCCCAUAAAGGGUAGGAGUAAAGCCGCAUACAUCUUUACCCUUUUGAGACCUCAUUUGUGGAGUUACAUUGAAUUUAUUAUUGUUGUUGUUGGAGGAAUAUAUAUAACAAAAAGUGCUUCCUAUA